GUAUUCAGAUGGCUCCUUAUGAGGCGUUGUAUGGUAGGAAGUGUAGAUCACCUAUCUGUUGGGAUGAUGUGGGGGAGAGGGAAAUUCUGGGUCCAGAGAUUAUUCAGCAGACAGUGGAGAAGGUUCAGCUGAUCAGAGAACGACUUCGGGCAGCUCAGAGCAGACAGAAGAGUUAUGCUGAUAUCAGGAGGCGGGAUCUGGAAUUCCAAAUCGGAGAUCAUGUUUUUCUCAGAGUGUCCCCUUCUAAAGGGGUAAUGCGAUUUGGAGUUCGGGGUAAGCUCAGCCCGAGAUAUGUGGGACCAUUCGAGAUUCUCGAGAGAGUUGGAGCUGUUGCUUAUAAGCUGGCACUUCCACCUGCUUUAUCGGGGGUCCAUUCUGUUUUCCAUGUCUCUAUGUUGAGAAGGUAUAUUGCUGAUCCAAGUCAUAUGAUUGAAGUAGCACCUUUACAGCUCCGUGCAGAUCUUUCUUAUGUUGAGCAGCCUAUCCGUAUAGUGGAUAGGAAGGACCAAGUUUUGAGGAGGCGCACGAUUCCUUAUAUAAAAGUGCAGUGGAGCAAUCAUAGUGAGAGAGAAGCUACCUGGGAGCUGGAAGAGGAGAUGAGAGAGAAGUUUCCUGCCUUGUUCUCGGAUUGAGGUAUGUUUUAAUUUCGAGGACGAAAUUUCUUUUUAGUUAGUUAGAGUGUGAAGAUCCGACUGAAGUCGGCAAGGAGUGCCGACUUCAGUUGGUUCAUCGUGGUCAUCCCCACGACGACCACGCCGGCCGAACGGCCCGCGAA